CCGUUGUCGGACGUCCUCCCUCACCCCAUCUGCCACAAAACCUCCAAUGAUCGGCUGUUAACCCAACUUCUAAGCUUCAUUCAUGGGCAUCUUCAGACUCGGCCUCCAAAGGCUCGGCACACGGAGCGUGUUCGGAAGUAAACGCAUAUGGAUAUCACUUCACUCUGAGUACAUCAAGUUGCGGUAGACCCGGCCAUCAUGACUGGCCAUCGCAGCGGUAUGCGUCAUGCUGCCACUUUGACGUCUUGUUCAAUCUCGACACGACGUCCACGUUCCUCAAUUGCCACAGCGCAUAUAUGGAGAUCCUGACCCUUGGCAUGAGAGGCCAUCUUUGCAUGCUUGGACCAAAUGGUAAAACUUGGCACCUCGAGCAAGGAACACAGCAGCAUGGGCAAGUGGGUGAAACACGCUUUCGGGCUGUCGAGGACAGUGCUCCUCUGUUUGGUAGCUGCACGCAGUGUGCAAGCCGAUGGCAAUGACUGGGUCUCCCCACUUUAUGUCAUGGACGUGUCAAACGGACAGAUAGACGCCUCUGGUAGCAUCAAUGCGCAAUCGCGAAUCCAGCAAGCCGGAGUGUGGUCAGCUAAGGCAGGACCUUGGUCUGUGCUGAAUCAAAAAGUCAGUACUCCUAGCGGCGACAAGCACGACUACCUCUCCUGGGCUCCGUACUGGUGGCCAGACUGCAAUUGGUGCGGCCAGAACAGUGCACAGAGUGAUGGCGAUAAUGGCGACGAUCCCAAUUACCCCGACAGCAGCUCCUCUUCGAGUAGUUGGCUCAGCUCAGCUACUUUGGCCACAUCGCUUCCACCCGAUGCCAAUCCGACAGCUCAUCCUUAUCAACCUCUGGAUCCGGUGGGAGGCGUUGUUCAGGCAACUGCCCUGCCGAUACAGCCUUAUCAAGCUCCUGUUCCCAUUCUACCGCAAGUUCAGGCCGCCAACCCUUUCAGUGUCUCAGGCCAGCUGCUUGAAACCAACGCGCACGCUGGAGUGAAUCCUGCACUGGCAAGGAGGAGGCUGAGAGGUGCGAACGCACUGUGGUCCGCUAAUUCCCUGCCAGAGAUUGCAGAGGGCAACGCGUUCCGGAUGGCCGAGGUUGAUGCUAUGGUGGCCAGAGAUCCGCCUCCCCUUGAAGAGACUCGCGUUGCACCGGCGCACACAGCCCAGCCCACGCACCCUUCUCGCCGUACUGGGCACGCUCAUAACUGGCUUGUACAUCAGCAUGCUCAUCAGCUUCUCGUCGCAGCCUCUCACAAUGCGUACACCACAAGCCAGACUCAGGCGCCCACGCCAAGCCUCCAGAACAGGGGAUCAAUCAACACUGGCACCAGCACAGGAGCUGCACAGCUUCAAGGCAAGGCGAUGGAUGGGAACAAAAACAGCUGUACGCCUAGCUCGACCAGUGUUGCUCCAGCCGCAACCUGGACUACAUGCCCCUACAAGAGAAAGGACGGCAAGGUUAAUCCGGACACGAAGAUGCUCAACAACACGAAAGAUGUCGUCAGCAUGGCCCAAUCCGUCUUGUGGAACGGCGUCGCAUUUGGUUUGACGAACGACACGUCUUACUCGCAGCGCGCGACAUCGUUGAUCUACAACUGGUUCCUGAAUCCGCAGACGGCAGUCAACCCGAAUCUCAACUACGGUCAGGUCAUCCGUGGGCCAGGGCAGCAGCUUGGCGACUUCACCGGCAUACUCGACUGGCGCAUGAUCCUUAAGGUGGUCAAUGCCAUCGUCAUCAUGCGUGCAAAAAGUGCUCAAGCUUGGAACGCCGUGAUAGCGUCCUCGAUGAACCAAUGGGCGAGCAAUUACCUUGACUGGCUCGCAAAGAGCUCCCAGGGCAAGGGUGUCGCCAAGGCUUCGAACAAUCAUGCCACCUUCUUUUACAACCAGCUCAUCGCGCUGUACAUCCUUGUCGGCGACAUUCAGAGCGCGCAGCAGGCCGCGAACGCCUACUUUACCGGAGCGUUCAUGUCGCAAAUCGACGAAGAUGGAGAGCAGCCUUAUGAAGCGACUCGCACACGUCCCUUUCACUACCGCUGCUUCAACGUCGAAGGAAUGAUCGCCAACGCCAAGCUGGCCGACAACCUCGCGCUAAACAUGUGGUCCGCGACGACGAGCAAAGGGGCGACGAUCCAAUCGGCCGUCGACUAUCUCAUGACGCUCGACCCAGGUGACGAGAACAUCACCGAGCUGGCGCCGCACGUCGCUGCCGUCGCUUCGGCGUAUGGCGACCCAGACGGCAAGUACGCUGCGUGGCUGUCCAAUUCGGACAACACGGGCGACGACGACAACUCGCAAAGCUGGCGUUUCUACGACAACUCCGCGGCUUUGUACUGCAAUCCGGCUUCGGGCGACCAGACAAGUUCGCAAAGCUUCAAAUCAAGUUAAUGUUAUAGUGAAGAGGUGAUUACUUGCAAAUUAUCUCGGCCGCCAAGGGACGUGAUGUGAUAGAAAAGGGGUCUGCCCUGUGAGCCAUGUGCGUCCUUUCUAUACCCGCCAUUAUUCCACAGUUCGAUGUGUAGAGUAUCUAAGCAGCAGACUUUGCAGCUUGCUUCCCUGUCUUUGCCGCCGCGCGUACGGCCGCAGUCGGUUUCGAAAGACCCCAUUUGACCAUGAGCUUGACGAAACUGGGCAAGAUGGCGGCAGUGGCCGCGACUCUCACAGGGAGUAGAAGCGUCUUGUGGAUGGUGUACGCUAGCACGGCUUCUGCCCACAGUGUGCCGCUCCCCCCAGAGUUUUUUGU